CGAUGAAAAUUUUACUAAAAUUUUAUAUAAAAGUUGUAUAUUAGACUAAAAAUAUGGUAAAUAUAACCUAUGGAAAAGAUAUAAAAAUUAAAAAUUUCAACAAAAUAUCCAGGAUAUGGCGGAGAUUUUAGUCCUCCACCCCGAACCCCAUUCCUUGCAGAUUAGACUCGGAGAUAUGCCAUCAAACUGAAAGGAAAGGAUAAGGAGGAGCUGUGUUUCUGGCUCCUCGCAGACAAUCAGUUCAUAAUGAAAUAUUCCCAAAUCUUUAAUUUCAUUCUGCAGUAGCAGAUUGCCUCUCUAGAUCUUUCUCUCAGCGGCCGAAACUCAAAAACCUCAAUCCCAGUCACCAAAUCCAAAAAGGAGAAUGGGGUCCAAGACGGAACGACGGAAUUGCAGUCGGUGGUUCAGAGGAGGCGGCGGCGGGGGGGGCCUUCUAUCAUAGAUCAUUUCGAUCUCAAUGAAUAUGGAUAUGGAGGGACCUAAUACCCUAGGCUUCUUCGGCUACACCCUCCUCAGCCUACCUAUUACCUGCGGGAGCGUCAAAAGCAACAUCUCCUACCCCUUUUGGGGGUCCAACCGACCCGAAUACUGUGGUAAAUCUGGGUUUGAGGUCACAUGCAACAACACUGUCCCGAUGAUCACCAUGAAGAAAAUCAAUUUCAGAAUUCUUGACAUGAGCAAUAGCACUACUACACCAACUCCGACUGUGACAGUUGCAAGGGAGGAUUACUGGAAUACUCUCUGUCCUCCGAGUUAUAUUGACACAGACCUCAAUUUCUCUCUAUUUGAGUAUGCAUCUGGCCCUCAAAACGUGUCUUUUUACUACGGAUGCAAUGCAGCUGGGAGUUCAGAGUUGUCACUUUUUACUAGUAUCACGCAUGAAUGCAGUAGUACAGUGACCGUUUCCUUUCUCACAGAGAAUCAAAUUGCUAAGCUUCCUAAUCCAACUCUCUUGGCCUCCUGUGCACCUGUGGUUGUGGUUCCAGUGUCUGCGGCAGCUGCUGAAGCACUUGACAAAAAUGAAACAUCAACUAUCCAGAGUGCGGUAGAUGGUGGUUUUGAAUUGAAUGUGCAGGAUGAUGAUACUGUUCUUUGCAACGACUGUGUGGGCUCAGGAGGAUUUUGUGGGCAAGACACUACUAAUGCUGAGUUCAUUUGCUAUUGCCAAAAUAGCACUUCAGCAAGCACAUGUGUUUCAACUUCAGCACCUCCAAAUUCAGCCACCAAUUCAUCAACAGGAAAGUCUACAAGUAUAAAAAUAGGUUUUGCUGUUGGAGGUGCAAUCCUUUUUGGUAUUUUCGUGGGAUUCUAUGUAUAUUAUUGCCUCCAGCGAAAGAAGAAACGUGCAGCAGAAGCUCAAAGCAAAGAGAUUCCCACGCCACUUACAAGCAAAAGCACCGCUCCUCCCUCGACUAGUCUCUCACAAUUUGAGAGCAUCCCUUCUUAUCCUUCCUUCACCUCAAAAUCAAGGUCCGACCUUGGGAAAGCCAGCACUUACUUUGGAGUUCAGGUCUUCAGCUAUGCUGAAUUAGAGGAAGCCACCGAAAAUUUCAACCCUGCUAAAGAACUCGGUGAUGGAGGCUUUGGCACCGUUUACUAUGGUAAGCUACAUGAUGGUCGUGUAGUUGCUGUGAAGCGCCUUUAUGAAAACAAUUUCAAACGGGUGGAGCAGUUUAUGAAUGAGGUUGAGAUCUUAACACGUCUCGAACACCAGAAUCUUGUGAAGCUGUAUGGAUGCACCUCAAGACGUAGCCGAGAACUCCUCCUUGUCUAUGAAUAUAUUUCUAACGGAACAGUGGCUGACCAUCUCCAUGGAAAACGAAAGGAAUCUGGCUUUCUCAGCUGGCCUGUUAGAUUGAGCAUCGCCAUAGAGACAGCUGAUGCACUAACUUUCCUUCAUCGCAAUGAUGUGAUACACCGUGAUGUCAAAACCAACAAUAUACUCCUGGAUGACGAAUUUUGUGUGAAAGUUGCUGAUUUUGGUCUGUCACGGUUGUUUCCCAAUGAUCAGACCCAUGUGUCAACUGCUCCACAAGGGACGCCUGGCUAUGUUGAUCCCGAGUAUUACCAGUGUUAUCAACUCACUGACAAAAGUGAUGUUUAUAGCUUUGGGGUGGUCUUGAUCGAGCUUAUAUCAUCCUUACAAGCUGUGGACACCAACAGGCACCGGCAUGAUAUAAAUUUGGCUAACUUGGCUAUCAACAAAAUUCAAAAUCAUUUAGUGAAUGAGUUGGUUGACCCUCUACUUGGGUAUGACAAAGACUAUUCUGUGAGGAUAAUGGCAACAGCUGUUGCAGAAUUGGCCUUCCGGUGUUUGCAGCAGGAGAAAGAUAUGAGACCAACCAUGGAAGAAGUACUGGAGGGUUUGAAAGCUAUCCAAAAUGAAGAUCUUGGUGCACAAGAAAAUGGGGUGGCAGAGGCAGUGGUCCUGGAUAUAGGAGCCGAUGAAGUUGGCCUUUUGAGGAAUUUGCCUCCCCCGCUCUCACCAGACUCAGUUGUCACUGAUAAAUUGGUUAGCAGCUCUCCCACAACUAGUUCCUUCUAGCACUUCCAUUCCAUAUCCUUUUACUUUCCUGUCUUAAUUUUGCGAGGUAAUUGAGCUAGUAGUAUUGUAUACUGGCUGUCAAAUUAGGAUCGAGUGGGUUUAAACUUGUCAUUGUUGUUCCAUAUCGACAUGGUUUCUUGUUUUUAUUUGUUGUUCAUACAAGAGAUAUUACUAGCUGAAUUUCUGUGCUGGGCAUGUAUAUAAUGAAUGAAGCUGUUAGCAGUUGGAGUAUCUUGUUUACCAAGC